GAAAAGGCUACUCUCAACACGAUGGUUAAAGAAACGAAACUCUACGAUCUAUUGGGAGUCACUCCUCAGUCAACUCAAGCAGAAAUCAAGAAGUCUUACAGAAAGUUAGCUUUGAAAUACCACCCUGACAAGAACCCUGGAUCUGAAGACAAGUUCAAAGAAUUAUCGUACGCAUUCGAAGUGUUAUCAGAUGAAACAAAGAAGAGGAUAUAUGACCAAGGAGGCAUGGAAGCCCUCAAAGAAGGAGGUGGAGGAGGCGGUGGACACAAUCCCAUGGACAUAUUCGACAUGUUCUUUGGCGGAGGCAUGCGGGGACACAGAGGACACGAGGGCCCCCGACGAGGCAGAGACAUGGUCCAUCCUUUGAAGGUUUCACUUGAAGAACUUUAUAACGGAGCCACUCGACAACUGGCUCUUAACAAGAAUGUCAUAUGCAGCAAAUGUAACGGAAAAGGAGGUAAAGACGGCGCAGUCCAGACAUGUAAUGGUUGUCAUGGUAACGGUGUGAAGGUUAUUGUACGACAACUUCAGCCUGGUAUGAUACAGCAAAUGCAGACAGUGUGUCCUGAUUGUCAUGGAAAAGGAGAUAUUAUUCGUGAAAAGGACCGAUGUAGACAAUGUAUGGGUAAGAAAGUGGUCCGAGAGAAGAUUCUGGAGGUUCACAUAACUAAAGGAAUGAAGGACGGCCAAAAGAUCACAUUUUCCGGCGAAGGAGAUCAGGAUCCCGAGAUUGAACCGGGCGAUAUCGUAAUAGUGUUGGACGAGAAAGAACAUCCAGUUUACAAGCGCAACGGUUCCGACUUGGCUAUCGAAAUGAACAUUAAGUUGGUGGAAUCGCUGUGCGGAUUUGAGAAAAUCAUCACAACGUUGGAUAAUAGAACACUUAUAGUUCAGAGUUUUAUCGGCGACAUCAUUAAACCAAGAGAUGUAAAGUGUAUAAUGAGCGAAGGAAUGCCUUUAUUGAGAGAUCCCUUCAGCAAAGGCAAGCUGAUCGUGCAGUUCAACGUGGAGUUUCCAGAAAAAGGUGACAUUCCGUCCGCUACAUUGCAACAGAUCGAGACCUUGCUUCCACCACGCGAGCCCAUCGAGAAGAAACCAGAAAUGGAGGAGGUCAUGUUGUCCGACUACGACGCCUCCGCGUCCGCUCACCAAGCGUACGCAGAUGACAGUGAUGAUGAGAACGGUCCAGGUGGGCCGGGUGUCCAGUGCCGCACCCAGUAGGAACGGACCCGAGAGUAGCCAAAUACCAGGACGCAGCUCCACAUACACGUGACGGCCACGUGACGACCACGUGACGGCCACGUGACGACCACGUGACGGCCAUGUUGUGACCGUUGUUCGUGUCAUUUGAAGUUGCUGUUUCAGUCACUCCAAUCCGGGUGAUUUUAAUUCUGGUGAAUGUAGUAGUUUUCUGAAAGUUCACAUUUUCAGGGCGACCCUUUCCUCUGACAUUUUUGUAUAAUACCUUCCCAAAAUGUCCGCACUUGUUCUGGCAACGGUGCUUUCAAAAUAUUUACAAAACUUCGAAGUUACAACUGUUCAAAAAUAAUAAUUUAUAUGAUCCCUACAGUUUUGUUUCCAUAGUUAACAGUAUUUGGGUAUGAUGAUGUUAAUUGUAAUAAUAUAUUUCGUCUAACGAGAUCGCGAAAAAGAGAUCGCGACAGCUCACGCGUGUCUGCUCACGCGUGUCUGCUCACGCGUUUCAGCUCACGCGUGUCAGCUCACGCGUGUCUGCUCACGCGUGUCUGCUCACGCGUGUCAGCUCACGCGUGUCUGGUCACGCAGACAGUGGUAUACUAGCUCGGUAUAUUGGUUGUUGAAAUUUGUUUGCUCGUUUUGCUCAGGUGUGUUCCUGCAAACUCUUCGUUGUAACAGCGUUGUUAAAAAUAUAUUUUGAUACAGUCUUACAA